AUGGCGGCCUUCGAUGGAACGUCCUGCCCGGAGGAACACCUGAUGGCCUACAAAAACUUGAUGUUGCUGUAUACCAAUGACCCGUUGUUGUGGUGCAAGUUCUUCCCGACUACUCUUACGGGAGUAGCGCUGACAUGGUAUACCUCCCUUCCAGGAGGAAGUAUACAUAACUUUGCCCAACUGGAAGAGAAGUUCCUGGGCCACUUUAUAGCUUCCAGAAGGCAGGAGAAAUCAAAUUUCCAUCUACUCAGCAUCACGCAAUUAGAAGGGGAGUCCAUAUCAUCCUAUCUAAAAAAGUUUCAUGAGGCGGUGCUGGAGGCCCAUGAUCCUAAAAAACGGAGGUCUGAUAAGAAGGACCCCAUUGCCAAUCAAUCCUCGAGAAACAGAGAGGAACAAGCAUUGAGGAGAGAAAGAAACUACCCUCCACGUCGUCCGGAGCCUCCGUCAGAUAUGGGGCCUCCACGAUCCAGACAUGUGUACGUCACGGAAGGGGAAACAAGGACGCGGAGUAUACUCGAUGGAGGCAAUGACCCGAUGUUCAACCGCAACAGGAAAGACAUAUUCUAUGCCAUCCGCAAUGAAUUGCCAACUCCGCCUCCUACUAACACCCCCUCCAACCGUCGCAACUUCAAUCUGUGGUGUGACUACCACAAAGAACACGGCCACACUUUGGCCCAAUGCCGUGAACUUAAACGUAUCCUACACCAAUUGGCUGAUGAAGGGAAACUAUCAAGGUUCAUCAACAAGGGAGACUAUGUAGCAAAAGAAGCCGAGAGAAAGUCGUGGCACCAAAGACGCAGAUUCCCCGGAAGGGAUGAGGCCAGGCGCGAAAGUUCCAACACUCAGGGGACUAUCAACCUGAUUUUCGGUGGAUACACUGAGGAAUAUCCCACCAUCCGCGCCGCAAAACAUAGCGUCCAUACUUUGCUGAAGGGACCUCCAAUGACCACAUCCAGUGGGCCGGUCAUGAAAUUCGAUGCCACGACCUCUCAAAUGCUGCAACAACCACAUACUGACCCUCUGUUUGAAGAAAAACACUUGCAACCCCUUGAUAAACCUUUAAUCGGGUUUGGGGGAAACCAGGUCGUUCCAUUGGGUACCAUCGUACUCCCCGUACGAGUAGGGGAGAAGGACAAAAGUAGAACGAUGCCUAUACGAUUCACGGACUUGGAAAAGGUGGAGCUUACCCAUAGGCUUAUGAUGCAAGUGGAGAUUGUUAGCAGUUAUUACUUGUGUUCUAAGUUUGUGGAGUGGUGGUUUACUAUAAAAACACUUGCAACACUUAGAUAUAGGGUUAAGAGGAGAGGUGAACGUUUCCAAUGUGCGCACAAUACUCUAUAUCAUCUUAUGGACAAUGUUUCUCUUGAUCAGUCUCCUCUUUAG